AUGGGGAACAAACUGACCUGCUGCCUGAAGUCCAAUGCCAGCCCCAAGCUGGGCCAGCACUCUGGGUGGGUGAAUCGGGAUGAUGAGUCUGGUGUCUGUGUGGCGGGCACCAGGAACUCCGUGGCAGCACCACCAGCCCCAACUGCCCUGGAACCUGCCGAGUUGGAUUUCCAAGCCUGCGAGGGCCACCCUGUGCUGUGCCUCGGUGACCUGGAAAUGCCCAAAGAGUUGGUUUUAGAAUUAAUCCCUUCUGACCAUCCAAAGGCAAGCACAAUUUUCCUGAAGAAAUCUCAAAUGGAUGUGGGAGAAAAGAAGAAGAAGAACUAUUCAUACCAUCCUGGCAUUAGCAAUAUAUUACCACAUAAAGAACAGCAAGAAAUAGUUCCAGAGGAAUACUUUAAUCAUAAUCCUGAUUCCGAAAGUAUUUACAGAUUUAUUCACCCUUUUUUCAGUGCCACAAAGCUAACAGCUGAAUGGGCAAUAAUAACCUUGGUUUACUUAGAAAGACUUUUAAUUUAUGCUGAUAUCGACAUUUGCCCCACUAACUGGAAAAGAAUUAUUUUGGGAGCUAUUCUUCUUUCCUCCAAGUAUUUGCAUGAUCAGGCUAUAAGGAAUGCAGACUUCUGCCAAAUCUUCGAGGGCAUUACAGUCAAGGACAUAAGUGACUUGGAAAGGCAAUAUUUAUAUCUACUCCAAUUUCGUCUUAAUGUUUCUGCCAGUGUCUAUGCCAAAUACUAUUUUGACCUUCGGUCCUUAGCCAGUGACCACGGGCUGCCUGUUGUGUUUGCUCCUCUUCGAAAAGAAAGAGCACAGAACCUAGAGGCCAUUUCCAGAUAUUGUGAAAACAAAAACCUGUGCAGGGUGGCUAUAAAAAAAUCUAGCAGCUGUGAUAAUUUUACUGAUAUGCAGUAUGCCAACGCCAUUUUAUCUUAAACUAGAAAUGAGGGGCUGUGACAUGAUGAACCCCUCAUCUACAAUAACUGGAGAAAUGUUAGCGCUCCUGCUCAAAAACCAACAAAGCUAGUAUUCCUCACCAGGGAGAAAUGAGGGGUUGUAAUAUUAUAAGCCCUUUGUCUACAAGGUGAAGAACUAAAAAAAUAUCACCUUUCCUGCUCAAAAACCAACCAAGUUAGUAUUUCCUCUCUUAAGGAAGAAAUGAGAGGUUGUAACAUCAUCAACUUGUCAUCUACAAAAAUAAGACCUGGAGAUAGACAUAUCACCUUUCCUGCUCAAAAACAAGCAAAGUUGGUAUUCUUCUCUUAUAAAAAAAAUGAAGCGUUAUAACUUCAUGAACCCUCAUCUGCAAGGGCAUGGACUGGAGAAAUGUCACCUCUCCUGCUCAAAACCCAGCAAACUUUUUCUCUCUUAAGAAAGAAAUGAAGUAUUGUAGCAUCAUGAACCUCUCACCUACAAAAAGAACUGGAAAAAUAUUAACUUAUUGCUCAAAAACCAGCAAAGCU